AUGAUAGACUACGUGAACCCACAAUUUCAACCGUCGGUUUUAGACCUUAAUGUUCUAUCAAUGGAAGUUAGUCGGAGAAUCCAAUUUAAGUCACAAAUAACAUUUAGUGGUUACCGCGUAAGAGGCGUGAAAAGUGUUGGGAAUGUAAGAAAAAUUGUAAGUUGCCACAAGGCUGCAUUCCCUUUGAGUGUGUUCAUGUGCCACCGCUUGCAAGGGCGAGCUUAUCAUGUCAAACUUCAAAGCCCGGACAAGGACGGGGGGAAGGUAGAGGCUUUGUUGAGUUGUCACCAUGACGCCAGCAAUUGGAGUCCUAGAUAUGGUGGCUUUAAGAUUCUUACUAUUGCACCAGGGAAAAUUGUGUGUCAUCUCCUUCUUAAAGACAAUGUGAUCUUCAUAAAACUCAACUGA